AUGGCUUCUCCGAAGAUCACUUUUUACACGAACCACCGAUGCCCGUGGGCACAUCGGGCUCAUAUAGUCAUCAAGGAGUUGGGUCUGCCGUAUGAGGAGGUGAUUAUUGAUUUGGACAAGCCGAGAGAGCCAUGGUAUUUGGAGGUUAAUCCGCGCGGUCUCGUCCCCGCCAUCAAAAUCUCCGAUGGAUCCCUAAACGACGAAAUCAUCACCGAGUCGGGCAUCGUCGCGCAAUUUCUCGCAGACGCCUACCCGUCCCAUCUCGUCCCCGCUUCGGGCGACCCCAAGUCUGCCCUGAAGCGCGCCCGCAUCAACUUCUUCGUGGACACGUGGUUCAGCAAGGCCGGAUCCCACUGGUUCCAGAUCGCGCAGAAAGACACGCAGGAGGAGAAGGAAGCGCUCGCCAAGGACUUCGUCAGCAUUGUUGCCAAGGAGAUUGAGCCUCUACUGAAGGAUGCCGCGCCUUUCUUCGGGGGUAGCGAGAAGUUGACAUUGGCCGAGGCGCUCACUGCCCCUUUCAUCCUCCGCAUCUACACGUUCGCAAAACAUGGCAUCCUGCCGGAGUCUGUCCUCACGGGACUGAACGCAUUGCCCAACUUUGCCAAGUGGGCUGCAGAAGUCAUCAAGCAUGAGAGCGUCACGUACAUCUUUAACGAGGACAAGGUGAUUGAAGGGGCACUAAAGAGAUUCCCGUCGCUCAAGGCUCAGAAGAAAUAG